UAAUACAACUGACUGGUUGUUGCCGGCUGUGUAUAGUAAAACGAAGGCGGAAAACUGUUUUGUUUAAUUGAUUAUCAUAAUUUUCGUAGUAAACGAUUGUGACCAUGGUGCACUCUACGUUUGACGAUGUACGACGGAUGAAUAAACGGCAGGUGCUGUAUCAGGUGUUGAGUUUUGGUAUGAUCGUUUCAUCAGCCUUGAUGAUGUGGAAAGGACUGAUGGUUGUAACAGGCAGCGAAAGUCCGAUUGUGGUGGUUCUCAGUGGCAGUAUGGAGCCAGCAUUUCACAGGGGGGAUUUAUUAUUUUUAACCAAUUACCAAGAUGAACCAGUCAGAGUAGGAGAAAUUGUUGUCUUUAAAGUUUUGGGUAGGGAUAUUCCAAUUGUACACAGAGUACUUAAAUUACAUGAAAAGGGUGAUCAAAACAAUACUGUUAAAUUUUUAACAAAGGGUGAUAAUAAUUCUGUUGAUGAUAGAGGUUUAUAUGCGGCAGGUCAGUUGUGGUUGACGCAUAAAGACGUUGUUGGUAAAGCAAGGGGUUUCUUACCAUAUGUAGGAAUGGUUACUAUAUAUAUGAACGAGUAUCCUAAAUUAAAAUACAUGGUCUUAUUAGGUUUGGCAUUGUACGUUUUGGUACACAGGGAAUAAGUGUAUUUCAUAUAGAAUGUUGUAUGAAAUAAACUGCUGUUGAACGUCUAUAAAAAAAAGAUACAUUGUAAAGUAAUGUAAGAUAAUUCAAAUACAAAUGUGGAGCUAUGUACAGUGGUGUCCACUUAAAUGUUCAACGGUCGGAGCCGGACGUGGACAUGUUCGAAAGUGUAAACUUUCUGCAAGUUUUGACCAAUUGGCUUUCGUAAAACGUUUGUUAUAUUUCUAUUCCGUCUUACUUGUCUUUUAUUUAGAAUCCUUCCCAUUUGCUAGUUAUUUAGUCAACUAUGUCAUCCGCUUAGCGUUACAUUAAUAUAAAUAUAGUUUGGUAUUAUUUUAAUUGUAAAAAUCUCAGUAACUCAAUUAUGAUAAUUACAUAAUAAAAGCAUGAAAAAUUUCUAAGAAAUGGCGGGGAUAACUCGUGAUCAUUUAAUCGAAUAGAUUCGUGGACAUGAAAGCCGACACUACUGUACAAUGUGAUAUUACCUCUGUUGAUUUCAUACCGCUCGAAGAACCUUCUGUACGCAAAAGGUCAAUAAAGUAACAAUUUUGAGAAGA